AUGAUGUUCAACAGCUUCUCCUUGAGUACCAUCGCGGUACUUCCCUUCCUUCUGGACGCGGUCGCUGCUCAUCCUGAGCCUCAGCCUGAGUCUCUCGAGACCCGAUCGCUAGAUGCCAAAGUAAAGUGGCAUAAAGAUCACCACUGUGGAGGUGCCGGUGGUCCGAAACGCGACUAUUCCGCCGUGCAUGCUUGCCUCUGA